UUCUUUUAACCCCCUUCAUUACUAAGCAUUUUGUUGGGACUUGGGCAGUGGCUAUGUGAUUUUUAAAGCAUCUACUUGUUAUGCACACCUAUGUUUUGAUCAAGCUUGGUUUCAAAGGUGUUUUAAUCUAUAUGGUAUAUGUCCCAUAGUUGCUACUGUUAUGAGGUUCCUAUAGCCAUGCUUCUAUGUUCUUGAGCCGACUAUGAUGUCCGUAAUAAUGCAGAGAGGGUGCUAGUCUAUUACUGUUCAACUAAAUCUUAGCAUACUGAAAUGUUUUCUCUAAGAUGAUUCAUGCUUUCCUAUUCUAACUUUGAGAUGCAUGAAGAUAGAAGGACGAGAGUGUGGAUACCUGAUUUCCUUUCUUGGGGUGGCUGUUGGAUUUGGUUGAAGCUGGAGUUGCAAGGCAGCUCAUUUUACCUAACACUCUCUCUUGGUUAUGGUGGUGAAAAGGAUUUUGUAUCACUAAGGAAACGAUUAGAGCUGUGCACCUAUAUAUAUAUACUAAAUUCUGGAGUUGGUUGGGAUUUGGUCAAGGGGUGUGUGCAGAGAGCAAAUCUGCUCUAUUGGCUUCUUGCUAAGUCUGUUGGGAGCAGAUUUUGUGCAGGACACACUGAAGCUGUCGGUGCAAGAGGGGCUGAGGUUGGAGCUAAAAAUAUUUCACAGGAAGUGGGAAGGGGAUAGGUGGGCAUCAAGUGGCUGAUUCUCUAGCUAUUGGGCCAAGCAUAAAAGAAUUUGGGCUCAAGAGAAAAAAUAGACAUAGCCCAAUACUUGUAUUUUAUAUCAUUGUGGACUUGAUUGUUUAUUUGGACUUCAAUUCUUUUGUACUUAAACGAAAUUCGAAAAUUUCUCUUGAUCGAUCUUAAA